CGCGGCAUUUGACAGGACAAGACAUACAAGACAGCAAACAUGGCGCUUGCCUGCUAGACCGACCAGGCAACAUCUUCAACGCUUUGCUGUCAUUGUCAGCUGUUAGGAAAGAACCUGGCUGGGUGAGGAUUAAUGGGUAGUGACUGUGAUCAGCUGUUGGCCUUUUGUCACCUUGCCUAGUUUUUAUCUAGUGGCCCUGGCUCGGAUAAAGUGGUUUAUUGGGCGAAGUCAAGUGAAGCGACUCGACGACGUUGGACCGCACUUACGGACGCAGUUUGGACUUCCUGACCUCAAGCGAGAUGUUAAACAGAUAAACUCAAGUUCCAUUGUGAACCACCCUUUUGCUGGUCGAAUCCUCAUCACCAGCAGAAAAGUCCUGCAGCACCCUGCCCUGUCCUGAGUCUGGACUUUCAGCCGCAAUGGACUCCCUGUCCAUGUCUUCCCUCUUAUCUGGGGAUGCAGACAGGAACGGAGCCCAGGGAAGUGAAGGAGGCGAUGACGAGGACGGUCUGGGAGACCUAGAAGUGAACCCUUACGAUGGCCUGCCUUUUUCCUCACGCUACUACACCCUGCUGCAGGAGAGGCAACGGCUUCCAAUAUGGACGCUCAGGCAGAAUCUACUGGAGCACCUGGAGAACCACAACAUGGUGCUGAUCAGCGCACCGAGUGGAGCUGGAAAAAGCACCCAGGUGCCACAGUGGUGUGUGGAGUAUGCCUUGUCCUAUGAGAUUUCUCAGGGCCAGGUGUGCUCUUCUCAGCCUCAUUCAGUGGCAGCAGUGAGUCUGGCUCUUCGCGUGGCGGAUGAAAUGGACCUGAGCCUGGGUCUGGAGGUGGGCUACAGGGUGGCUCAUGAUGACAGUUGUACACCCGAUACCUUGCUGAGGUUUGUGAGUGACACGCUGCUCCUGGAGGAGAUGAUGUCAGACCCCUUGCUGCAUCAGUACGGUGUUGUCAUCCUGGAUGAGCUCCAGGAGCGCACGGUGGCGACUGAUGUGUUGCUCGGCCUGCUGUGUGACGUCUGCCGUCAGAGGCCAGACAACUUCCGUGUGGUUCUCCUCGCUCACCUGAGUCUUUCUCCUCGGCUCGCCUCCUUCUUGGGCCCCUCCAUCCCUCUCCUCUCCGUGGACAGCCUCCUCUCCGAGCCCCCUACAAAUGGGCAGGAAAAGCAAGGUGCGACUGAAGAGGAGAGGGAUGCUACAAACCCGAAAAGGGUGGAGACCAUGUACAGAGAGCUUCCACCUGGGAAGGAACCUGUGGCUGCUGCCUGUCACAUGGUUCUGGAUCUCCAUGGAAGAGGAGAGGAAGGAGAUAUGAUGGUGUUUCUUGCAAGUGCACAGGAAAUAGAGGAGUGUGUUGCCCAGCUGGAGGCGGAGGCCGUGGCUCUGAAUCCCAAUCUGGGUUCUCUCAAGAUCCUCCCCCUCCACGCUGGGCUGGGUGGGUUGACCCAAAGAGUGUACGAGUCCAACACCGAAGCGUCUAUAUCCAGGCAGAGUGACGUCUCUGAAGAAGCAAACGCCUCAGCGAUGGGAGCAGAAGGUCCGAAAAGAAAAAUUAUCCUCACUGAUGCCCUGGCGGAAGCUUCUUUCUCCAUGCCAGGCAUCCGCUACGUCAUAGACACAGGCCUUCAACUCAAAACUGUUUACAACCCUCAGAUAAGGGCAGACUCACAGAUCUUGAGGACGAUCAGCAAAACACAGGCCGACAUGCGAGCUGAAAGAGUGAAUAGCCACCUACCCGGGCUGUGUGUGUACCUGUACCCCCAGUCUCUGUAUGACGAUGGAUUGGGGGCAGCUCAUUGUCCACGGGUCAUGGAGGAAAAUCUCAGCCACUUGGUUUUGUUGCUCAAGAGGCUGGACAUUGCUGACAUGGGACAAUGCAAGUUCUUGGACAGACCAGCCCCCGAGGCUUUAAUGCAGGCUUUGGAAGACCUGGACUACCUGGCAGCGCUGGAUGAUGAUGGCAACCUAUCAGAAGUGGGCAUCAUUAUGUCAGAGCUACCGCUGGAGCCACAUUUGGCUAAAGCUCUGAUUGCCGCAUGCGAGUAUGACUGUGUUGACGAGCUUCUCACAAUAGCUGCCAUGCUGACGGCACCUUCCUGCUUCGUGAAGCCUGAACCCAGCAGAGAAGAGGCUGCUAUUGCACACUGGCGACCUCUAAUGCACAGCGACGGUGAUCACAUGACUCUCAUCAACAUCUACAACGCUUACAUGGAACAUAAUCAGGACGAGGCAUGGUGCGCAACGCAUUUCCUGAGCCAUGCUGCCUUACGCCUGGCUGUGGUGAUCAGGGCCGAGCUGCUGGAGGUCAUGCAGCGAAUAGAACUUCCUGUGUCGCCUCCUGCUUUUGGAUGCCAAGACAACUGUACAAAUAUCAAGAGGGCCCUCAUCUCAGGCUUCUUUCUCAAAGUGGCUCACGAUGUAGAUGGUUCCGGCAACUACCUCCUGCUAACUCACCGCCAUGUGGCUCAUCUGCACCCGCUGUCGUCCUACCUGUGUCGCCAGCCUCAUCCCAACCACCCAUCCUGGGUGCUCUAUCAUCAGUUCACCAUCUCCUGUGACAACUGCAUUCGCAUCGCUUCUGAGGUCCACCCCCAAAUGUUGGUGGAGCUGGUGCCUCAGUACUUCCUUGGAAACCUGCCCUCCAGUGACGGCAAGGAGCUGCUGAUCAAGCUGAGGCAGAAUGUGGAGCCUUCCUCUCACAAGCAAGAUGGAGAAUAUGACGCUCGCAGUCAGACACACAGAGACGCGGCCCCUGAUUGGACAGGAGAGACUCCCAAUCAGUCCGGCACUGAGCUCUGUGUUGUCCAGUGAACAUCACUGACUAUGUGAUAUGCUGGAAAUGUACUAUUAUCCGUUGCUGGUACUGGAAAACACUCAUCCGGUAUGUUUUUACUGUAAGGAGUAAGCUUUUGUUCGUAUUCUGGUAUAUGUCAACUUACCCCAACUUUCUGUCAGUGAUUUUUCCAUGCUUUAUUUUCAUCUUUUUGACUUGUACUUUGUAGCACAAAGAUGAUAUUUAAUAAUGUAUUUAGUAAUACACUACAGCAGGGGGGAUCAUUUGGGGCCUGCCACUCGUUUUUUAUUAAUUUUUUUUUAAAUCCAGGUACACUACAUUUAAAAAAGGGCAUCAUGUAACGGAGAAAAUGUUGAAAUAUUUAUACUAAUUAACUUGAUAAUAGUACUUUUAAAUUAUAAUAUAAUAAAAAUUUUAAAAGUAUGAAUAUUAGGCUGAUUAAAGAAUAAGCCAAGUUGCAGACUGUUCUUAUGUAUAUAUUUCUUAACAAAUCUGUGUGACAAUGGUUUGAAGCCUGUUUGGAAUUUGUUUUUUUUUCAAGUUUGGAGAUCUCUGCGCUACUUUGAAACUAGUAUGCUGCCAUAGUUGGACCGUCCACAUCUAUGCAGAUUGCUACAUGUUUUAACCUGUGCAGAAUCUCGGUGUGUGUGCUAAUGACCCUUUCAAGAACCUCCAAAUGAGGACAAAACAUAUUUUUGAUACUAUCAUUGUGUUUGGACUGUCGCUUGACUUCCUUUUCAUCUCUUUUAUGGCUUUGUGGCAAUAAUGAAACGUGUCAACUGUAAGUACUGGGCAAAUAUGAAUUUCAAACCUCCCAACUGUGUGAUUUUCCUUAAAUUUCUUGUUAAACCUCUGGGAUUGUGAAGCUUUUUGUGUGAUUUUUUUUCUCCCCGCUGCUUACCAUGUUCGAUGAUGUCUGUGAAACUCUUCUCUUUAAAGUUUUGGCUUUGCCUCCAUUGAAUGGAAGUAUGCAUUCACACCUUCCUUCGUGCCCAUCAUAUCCCAAACUGCUGCGUGGGCACUACACCUGGGAUGAUGAUAAAGAAAUGAAAAUAAACUGCAUACUUUUUAUGGCCCCAA